AUGGAGUUUCUAUUUCUCGCCUUUGUUUGUCUAUUCCCCUUCCCAUUGAUCAACCUGUGUCUGGGCCAAGCGACAACAACCUCGACGGCAAAUGGCGCCACAUACACCAACCCCAUCCUCAACGCUAUGGGAGCAGAUCCAUGGGUCAUCCGGUACGAGGACUAUUACUACAUGACGUACACGACCAACGACAAUAUCACGAUUCUCCGGAGCAGCGUCCUCACGGACUGGAACAACGCCGACGUGAAACUCGCCUUCAGCCCGCCCGCGAACACCUCGUACAGCAAGGACCUGUGGGCGCCGGAGCUACACUUCCUGGAUGGGCUGUGGUACAUCAUCUUCACGGCGGACGUGGACGCAGACACCCCCUCCCCGGAGCAGGACAUGUACUGCGACUUCAGCUGCCCGGCGGUGAACCACCGGAUGUUCGUGCUAGAGUCGUCGGGCGCCGACCCGUGGGGGAGCUCAUACAGUUUCAAGGCCGAGCUGGACACGUACGGCCAGUUCGCCAUCGACGGGACGUACUUUGCCCACGCGUCGGGCCUGUACCACGUGUACUCGUGCUGGGAGGGCGCGUACGUGUCGUGGCCGUCGAUGCUGUGUAUCACGCGGCUGGCGAACCCGUGGACGGUGAGCAGCAGCAGCCCGCUGUCGGCGCGAGUGGUGAUUUCCCGCCCCGACCAGCCGUGGGAGAAGACACCGUACAACCGCACCGUCAACGUCCGGCUGUCGUCCAACGAGGGGCCCGAGCAGCUCACCAACCCGGCCACGGGCCAGCAGUUCAUCAUCUACAGCGCCGCGCGCAGCGACAACCGCAACUACUGCCUGGGCCAGCUGGCGCUGGCGGGGGGCGACGACGCCGAUCCGAUGGACCCGGGCGCCUGGACGAAACGCACCGCCGGCUGCGUCUUCUACGAGAACCCCGACGAGCAGGUCUACGGCGUCGGCCACGCCAGCUUCACCACCAGCCCCGACGGCGCCGAGCACUGGAUCGUCUACCACGGCAUGCAGAACUACCUCGAGGGCUGGACCGCGCGCACCAUCCGCGCCCAGAAGUUCACGUUCAGCCAUGUCGACGGCGCCCCGGUGUUUCCCAGGCCCGGGAUGGGGCCGUAUGCGGUGCCAGCGGGGGCAGGGGCCGUGUGGGGGUCAGAGAUCAAUAAUGCGACUCGCGGUAGCGGUAGCGGUAGCAGCAGCAGUGCUGGAAGUGGGAUGAGCGGGACGAGUGCGAGCAGUGUCACCGCCUAUCCUGCUUCUUCAUCGUGGGUCUUCGCAUGA